AUGACCCACGCAACUCCAGACAAGGAUCAUAUUCUCCCAACAACAAGAGCAACAAAUCGAGAGAUCAUGAUGAAUCGCGUCCAAGGCUUCAACAUCGAGGACUUGGCUCCAGGAAGACCGGCUUUCGAACUUUCUCGUGCACUGCCACAAAAGGCUGCAAACCCAGUAUCAGGCAACGUGACCCAACCCGCAAUGGAAUGUGCCGAUCACGAUGAGAUGCGUGAUCACGGGGAAUGGCGCCCAUACCUGCUUCAGAGACGAACGUUUCACGCCUUUAUUGCUACAUUUUUGCUAUUGGGUAUCGGACUGGAAACAAUUUUUGUCAUCUCUGAGAGGCAUCAAGGCCUGAAAACAGCGUCUGCUAACGGUACAUUGCUCUACAUAUGGACCUAUGGUCCCACACCCCUCCUGAUACUUAUCACUGGUGUCUGGUCUUAUAUCGACUUCCUCGCAAAAGUUUCGUCUCCUUGGAUCAGACUUCGCGCCACGAAAGCUGGGCUGGAUGUCCAGGAGAGUCUUACAUUAGACUAUCUUUCCUCGCUCUGGAUCCGGGCACCCUUUCAAGCGAUGCGGAAUCGGGAUCGCCUUGUUGCCGGAACCACCGUUGUAUCGUUGUUCCUCAAGAUCAUGACCAUCUUUUCGUCUUCGAUGAUUAGAGUCAAGAGCAUGGAAGUCACCACCGCUGUCGAGCUACGCACGUCCUUUCUCGAUGACCCCUCACGUCUGGCAAACCCAAAGGUUCUGUCACUCUUCAACACUAUCGGCAUACGCGAAUACAGGAUGAACUAUCCUCGUGGGAUCGCGCAAGACUUUGUAUAUCAGUUAGUUGAGCCCGAUCCCGACUCAGUCUUGGAGAUGCAUGCGCAAAUCGAAGGCAUGACUUCGAAUUUAGAAUGCCAGGCGGCAGAUCUCAGUGGAUUCCACCCAGAUAGCAUGAUUCGCCAAUCCAAUUUGAGCGGCGUCUUUAACUUAGGUUUGAGUUUCAGGGCCUCAAAUUGCUACAUAAAGAUACCAAGUCAAGCCUUUUCAUUCCGGGUACCUAUGGAAGCAGCCUCGCCGCAAGAGAUCUUGCCAUAUGUCCUUUCUAGAGUCAGGGUUGUCGCACGGGUAUUGACUGGCCGAUGCGAGUCUUAUCCCAGCGAUAAUAAUAAGAAAGCGGACCAGGCUACACAUCAGGUAUACGCUGAUUAUCAACGGUUGGUGUGGGUUGUUUUGGAAAUCGAUAUCAUUUACAGCUACUCUCCUGAAAGCAACGACACGACUAUUGUUCUUCGAAAAAGCCAGCAAAUUGUCUGUCGACCCAGUUAUGCUGUAUUCGAUCUUCAGGUGCACCGUGGCCGUGGUACGGGCAGCCAAGAGAACGCCUUUUUGUCAACGCAGUCCCAGAUGAGGAGGCUUGGUCGUCUUCAUGCCUGGGACAUAUGUCGGGCUUUUCGCGACGUUCACCCGCAAAUAACUGACGAAACCUCGCCAUUUGAAUCUCCCUCCAUCACACGAGUUUCUGGGUUGUCCGGGUUUGAUGACAUUGAUCUGGACGUCGACGGAGUCAGUCUGUUCAACCUAGGGCUCGGCCAAGAAGCAUUUCCAAAGUCUUCAUGGAUUUUUAACUACACCACACUAGCCUCUUCUUUACAAGACUAUUACCGCUUGCAUACAACCUUUCUGAUACACAGUACACUUAUAGAGUCGACUCAAACCCCCUCCGCCGCCAUAGCUUAUGUCAAAGUUGAUCGCAUCAUCGUUCGGCGUCUAUCGUCCCAAAUCAUCGCUGGAUUGUGCUUUGCCUCGGCGAUCACUCUAGCUUUGUCGAAAUCCGCGAUUCCGAAUAAAUUCAGCCUGAGAGGCGAUCCGAGAACAAUUUUGGGCGUUAAGAACCUGAGCACUGGUCUUGGCGAUGGAUUUCAAAACGAUCCCAAAGACUCGGUAUCCUCAACAUCCGAGGAAAGAAUUCACGAGACGAAAGCUGGAUCACUGGAGUCGAAGCUUUUAGCACAACUACCUGCACGCUCUACUUCAAAGCCUUGCCAUACAUACCAGCCUUUUACCUUACAGUGGUACUUGCGUAUCCCGGCUUAUCUUGUGGCUCUCAGUUUCAUAGUGAUCCUCGAGUUGCUGCUUCAGAUUUCAACACGCAAUCAAGGCAUCGGUCCAGCAAUUCAAGCUCAAGAAUAUCUCAACUACCUUUGGACACUGUUACCGGUCUUCGCCACAAGCCUAUUGAAUAUCUUUUUCGCUUCGUUGGACUUGGACAUACGCACCCUCACACCUUACUAUGGUAUGCUCGAGAGACCCGCGUCGAAACGGUCAUCUACGAAUUUAAAUCUCCGUGGGCUUCUAGGAAUUCACGCCUUGAUAAAGGAACUGAAAAUACGAAACUCAGCUUCGGCCGCAUCAACCAUAGCCGCGUUGCUGGCGAGCCUGCUAGCCUUGGCAUCACCUACGCUAUUCUUCGAAGCUGACAAACCAACGGUUUUGAAAAAACAACUUCGAUUGGUCGGUUCCUUUUCAUCUGCCAUCUAUCGCGAUACAGACUAUGGCAACUGGCACUCUGAGAAGUCAUGGAUCGGUUACGAUGAGCUUGGCAUUGUUAUGACUUUGAUGCUGCAAAGCAAUCUAUCAUCACCACACUUGUCAUACAAUGAGCUAGUCUACCCAACCCUGGCCUUGGAGGGGCUGAACGCGGACGAGAAGCAAUUAAACCAGUCUGAGUUGGAGAUUGCGGCGGUGAUACCUGUUUUGGCGGUUGUUUUCGAAUGCCAUUUGUAUCGCCAAAACGAAAUCGCAAUCGAUGUUCUGGUUGCAGACACUAUCAGAGUCAAUGUCUCCGGGGAAUAUUGUUCGAAUAACAACAUCACGCCGCCUGAGCUUGCAGCGACAGCUCUCUUUGCCAUAGGCGAUGCAGACACAUCCGUCAACGUGUUUGCUGGCGCCGCCGGGCCAGCUGAGACAUCGAAUAUACAGGUUCGCGCGUGCAGCAACUUCUUCUAUGUUUGGGGCACCUACACCAGGCCCACUACUGGCGGUUCCCCUUCAAUGAGCGUCUCAGCCCUACGCUGCAAUAACUCGAUAGAUGUUGUCGAAGCUGAAACCACCUUUCUUGGCACUGAACUUGCCAUUCAUCCUGAUCUUCCCCCGCGAAUAAGAGAAGAGUCCAGAAGAAUGAUGAUACCUCCACUACGAGCGUCCAGCCCUAAAUUCCCGCCAGAGGUAUACCCUAAAUACAUGUCUUUGCCAGCAGCGCAGCCUGGACUAUGCUUUGAUCAGUUCUUUAACUAUCUACGUCUAUCUCAACCCACACUACCCAUCUCGGUAUUUUCUGAUCCGUCACAAACAUCAGAGGUCAUAGGCGCUAUCAGACGCCAACAUAUUAUGUUCAUGUCACAAACCAUCAACAUCAAAGCUCGUAUCUCACGGGACGGGCCUGGAGAGCGAGCGCAGCAUGACCGAGGCAUCUUCUACGCUAUGGGUCUGGGAAAACUGAACUUUACCACUUAUGAGGCAACUGUCAAGAUCACCUCCUCUCGGCUGGACACCUGGAAGGAAUCAGGACGUGUUUUCCAGAACGAAACGGCAACCAGAGUGAUCCAGGUGCUACUUGGCGCAAUACUUUUCUUCUCGCUUGUGAACUGGGCAUUGAUGCCGCGCACUGCAUUCCUACCUCGACCGCCAACAAGUAUCGCUAAUGUACUCGCGUUACUCGUGGACGGCAAUAUCUUUCAUCUUUCCGAACUAGAGUCGAAAAAAGUCCCUGAAUCACCCGACGACCAGAAUGAGAGUAAGAUACAGGCCACGAAUCAUGAUAGUCUGUACAGGUUAGGCACGGGCAGUUUCAAGUGUCCAGACGGAAAGUUUCCUGGUAGCGAAGAUGGUGAUGAGGGACGGUUCGCAAUAUGGGUUGUGGACGGGGCAGAUAUAAAAGCGGCAUGA